AUGGCAUACUACGAUGACCGCCGGUACCCUGCCCCGCGCGACCGUGCCCGCCCCGUGAGCUACGCUGCAGACUACCGUGACAGCCCCCGCUAUGAAAGAUACGAGCGACAAGUCUAUCCUGAUGAGUCGGUCGAGGAAAUUCAGCGCGAUUACCCACCCGGUGAGGGGUAUGUCUAUGAGCGUGGCUACGACUCGCGGCGAUCUAGGCGCCCGGUCUACGAAAAUGUGCGCCGUGCCUCGUCCGUUAGUGGUCAUGAUCCGUAUUACGAUGGGUAUCGCUCACGAGCGCGACCCUCUCGCGACUAUGAUGAUCGUCGACCGCGCCGCUCUAGAUACUCUUCUCCAUCAGCCAGCCCAUCUCCACCUCGCCAUAGACGCCGCAAGUCAUUCAGUGAGCAAGCGAUGAGCGCCAUCGGUCUGGGCGCUGCUGCUUCCCGUGGUCGUGAUCGUGAUGGUCGUGGCCGCGAUUCAUCUCGUCAUCGCCGCUAUUCUUCAGACUCUCGAUCGCGUAGCCGCAGCCGUGAUCGUGAGCGUAAGCGCCGUGAACGCAGCGAAGGUCGCAUUUCUCAAGCUGCUCGUGCCGCUCUCACAGCCGGUGCCGUGGAAGCCUUCCGGUCUCGCAAAGAUCCCGGUGAAUGGACCGGUGAAAAGGGCAAGCGCAUUCUGACUGCCGCGGUCACAGCUGCUGGAACUGAUGGCCUCGUUGACCGCGACCCGAACAAGCACAGCAAGCGUCACAUGGUCGAGUCUACUCUGGCAGGUCUUGCUGCUACCCAUUUCGUGAACGGAAGCAGAUCUCAGUCCCGAGGCCGCAAUUCCCGGAAAUCCAGCAGUGGCCUCAAAGACUUGGCAGCAUCUGGUGCGAUAGCGGCAGCAGGCAAAGAGAUAUACGAUCGUUUCUCUCGCUCCCGAUCUCGUGCUCGCGAGCGAGGUAGAUCUUCAGACAGUGAUGAUGACCGGCGCGGCUCAAAGAAGCGCAGCAAGAGUGUCUCAGACUACAUCAGCAAGGGCAUGGCAGCCUUGGGCCUGGGCGAAGAAGCAAACAAACGUUCAGAUGAUGGACGUGAGCGAGGCGAGCGGCGUCGACACCGUGAUUCGCGCCGCCGCGAUCGUUCCGACUCUUAUUCCGACUCCGACGCAGAUAGCGACUAUUACCACCGAGGCAGCAGCAGCAGGGAUCCGAGACGGGACAGAGGCUCGAGAGAUGUAGGUCGAUACCGUUCCAUGGACGGAAGAUAUUCCCAACCCCCUUACCCCUAUAACAAUAGGCGAUCGGUAGCCCCUAGCGCGUCGCGCGGAGAGAACGGAGGCGACAGCGCAGCAGUCACCAAAGCGGGCACCCAUAGCCAUUCCAGUUCCGAGAGUGAUUCUGACUUAGGCGACAGUGAUGAUGAGAAGAAGAAACACAAGAAGAUGCAGCGGGACAUGAUGUUAACAGGUGGCCUGGCCACAGUUGCCACUGUUCAUGCGGCACAUAGUGUUUAUGGGAGUGUUCAGAAGCGGAAGAAGCGUCUACAGGAACUAGAGGAGGGAAAGAUUACGCCCGAGGAGGCGCGCAAACGCAGGAUGAAGGCCAAUGCGAUGGACGUUUUUAGUGUGGGGUUAGCGGCACUGGGUAUCAAGGGAGCAUAUGGAGAGUGGCAGGAGGUCAACGAGAAGCGCAAGGAACACAAGCAUUUCCAGGAAGAAUGUGAGGAACGAGCGAAGAAGAGACUCAUAAAGCGCUCACACAGUCAGGGUGCCCCUAAGCGGCAUCGGUGGCCUGAUGAGAUUGAGUACCCGCCUUCAAGAAAUGGGUCGCAUGCCUACAACAAUGCUUCCAUGGAGCCAGCACAGAUUUCAUAUUAG